CAAUUGUAGUUGAGGAGACGCGAUCCGACGCGUCCAGCCCCUGUUUACCUCUAGUCCACCCGGCGAGACAUCUGCAACAUGGCACGCACACACUCGUCGCAGCGCUGGAUGCUGCUGAGCGCGGCGUUGGGUUUUGCUAGUGCUGUCGCGAUACCAGAACCUACUGCUGUUCCCGCGCAGGUCGAAGUUCGCGCCCCAAUUGUCACACCCGCCGCGAUCCGCUUCGACAGCCGCCACAGCUACCUGCAGAAGAAGGACAUCAUCGACGAUAUCAAGAGCGGCGUCGGCGGUGUAGCAAAGUCGUGGGAGAGUGUUAUUGGAUCGGCCCUGCCAAGCUUCUUUACUGAGGGCGUACCUGGCUGGUUCGAAAACCUCCCCACUGGCACCAAAGUGCUCUCAGAGCUGGGAAUUGGCGACGAGCUGGCUGCGAAGCCUACCGAAGUCCUCAACAUCCCCCCAUAUGCCAACUGGACCGACAAGGGAUGGAAUGUUCGAUUCCACGGCAACGUCUACAAGUUCCCGGAUAUCUCCCAGGAGAAGGUCGAUGACCUUGCGAACGACUUCUUGAUCGGCACGUCGGUCGAUAAGCUCGAUGCGGCGGGACAAGCGCAAGCUCGCAACCUCACGCGCUCCAUCUACAUUGUUCAGCAGGGAGAUCAGAAUGUGUCCAUGUCUCUGGAGCCAGCGCCAAUGCAAGGCGGAGAUGGCGAGCCAGGCGGCGGUAACUCCAUCCAGGCACCCGGAGGUACACAGAACCUGACCCUACCAUACGAGACGACCGAUGAGGGUGACUUCGACGUCUUUGUCCCUAUCCAGCAGAAUGGUCUACUCCCCGGCAACGAGACCAACAACGUGCAGCGCCUGAACGUCUACACCAAUGGCACCUUGUCCGGAAACGCCACUGCUUUCCUCGUGCCUACAGAAGGUAUUACAUUCGUGUCCGACAUUGACGACAUUCUACGUGUUACCAAGAUUUACGAUCCCAAAGAAGGUCUCUUGAACUCCUUCGCACGCCCGUUCGUGCAGUGGGAGAACAUGCCUGAGAUCUACGCCAACUGGUCGCGUACUCUGCCUAACAACACGCACUUCCACUACCUGACCACCACCCCGGAACAAGCCACCCGCAACUACAUGGAUUUCAUCUACAAGACCUACCCCGGCGGCUCCUUUGACACUCGCCCGCUCAACUUUUCCGACGUGAAGGCCACCCUCUCCAUCCGCAUGUACCUCCUUACAAAGGUCUUCGAGACUUUCCCGAAGAGAAAGUUCGUCCUCGUCGCAGACACCUCGAACAGCGACGUCAUGAAGGACUACCCUCAGCUUGCGCACACCUACCCGAACCAAGUCCAGUGCAUCUUCCUGCGCAACACAUCCGCGACCGACUCCAGCAUGUGGUUCCCGUACAACACCGAGGGCUUCAAGGGCUUAAACACCAAGAGCUACAUGUUCUUCCGCGAGCCGAAUGACUUGGCUGGUCUGGACAUUGCCAACGGCCAGUGCUUGAACGAGACAAUUCAGCAGAACGUCACUUUCGAUAGGCAGACGGAUGGCAAGUUCAGGCUUGGCAGCGCUGGUGGUAAGCUGCAGGGCAGUGCGACCGUCAGCUUCGUCGUUGCGCUUGUUGCGGCGAUGGCUAUGGUCAUGUAA